AUGUAUGUUCCAGACUUCUUUGAACCUGGUGAAGAUUUCUCUUAUUUAUUAGGUCAAAAGCCUUGCUCAGUCUUGAUGGAGCAAGUUAACAUGGUAGAUGAAAGUUUGGUUUGUGAUGAUUUUGUAGUAAUAGGUCAAGUGUAUGUUGAUAAUUCCAUUCUUUGGGUUUUGGUGUUUGAACACUUCAUUAGAGAUUGGUGA